UUGCAAGCAGGUUUGGGGUUUUGGUUUUUUUUCUUCUCCCCCACUCUCUCUUGCUAAGCUGCUGAGGAUGGAGAUUGCUGUGGUUCGCUCUGGAUCGCCGCCAGUGUCUAUCUAAGAGACCGUUAGCCGGGAGAUGGGAUGUGGUAGCAUUGUGGAACUCCUUGCAGACACACACACAGAGGGAGGGGAGAGAAGAGGAGAAAAGGGCUGUGCCUGCCUCCUAGCGAACCACACAGAGGAGGAGGGACAGGGAAAUGGAUGCUGCUUGUUAGGCCAUAGGCCUGCUUAAUCUGGAUUUAAUGGGAUGCUUUUUUCUGUGGACAAUCUGGUUGAAAUCUGAAGUGCUGCUGCUGCCGCUGAGGUGAAAAAAAAGAAAGAUGACGGAGGGCCGCCGAUGUCAAGUGCACCUCCUCGAUGACAGGAAGCUGGAACUUCUCGUGCAGCCAAAGCUUUUGGCCAAGGAGCUGCUCGACCUGGUGGCAUCUCAUUUCAACCUGAAGGAGAAAGAAUACUUUGGAAUUGCCUUCACAGAUGAAACGGGACAUUUAAACUGGCUUCAGCUGGACCGUAGAGUGCUAGAACAUGACUUCCCCAAAAAGUCAGGACCAGUUGUUUUGUACUUCUGUGUCAGGUUCUACAUUGAGAGCAUUUCUUAUUUAAAGGAUAAUGCCACCAUUGAGUUGUUUUUCUUGAAUGCAAAGUCCUGUAUUUACAAGGAACUCAUUGAGGUUGACAGCGAGGUGGUGUUUGAAUUGGCCGCGUACAUCUUGCAGGAGGCGAAAGGAGAUUUUGCAAGCAAUGAAAUUGUAAAGACUGACUUGAAGAAGCUUCCAGCCCUUCCAACGCAAGCCCUGAAGGAGCACCCUUCCCUUGCUUACUGCGAGGACAGAGUCAUCGAGCAUUACAAGAAACUGAGUGGUCAGACAAGAGGCCAAGCGAUUGUAAAUUACAUGAGCAUUGUAGAAUCCCUCCCAACGUACGGAGUCCAUUAUUAUGCAGUAAAGGACAAGCAGGGAAUUCCCUGGUGGUUAGGACUUAGCUACAAGGGCAUUUUUCAGUACGACUACCAUGACAAAGUGAAACCAAGAAAGAUCUUCCAAUGGAGGCAGCUAGAGAACCUGUACUUCCGCGAGAAGAAGUUUUCCGUGGAAGUUCACGACCCACGCAGGGCGUCUGUGACCAGGAGAACGUUUGGGCACAGUGGCAUUGCCGUGCAUACAUGGUACGCCUGUCCUGCAUUGAUCAAGUCCAUUUGGGCUAUGGCCAUUAGCCAGCACCAGUUCUACCUGGACAGAAAGCAGAGUAAGUCCAAGAUUCAUGCUGCGAGAAGCCUAAGUGAAAUCGCUAUUGACCUGACUGAAACUGGAACGCUGAAGACUUCGAAACUAGCCAACAUGGGAAGCAAAGGCAAAAUUAUCAGCGGCAGCAGUGGCAGUCUUUUGUCAUCCGGUUCCCAAGAGUCAGAUAGCUCUCAGUCUGCCAAGAAAGACAUGCUGGCUGCAUUGAAAUCCAGGCAGGAAGCUCUGGAAGAGACACUGCGCCAGCGACUGGAGGAGCUAAAGAAACUGUGUCUCCGAGAAGCGGAGCUCACAGGAAAGCUGCCCAGGGAAUACCCCCUAGAUCCAGGGGAGGAGCCACCUAUUGUAAGGAGAAGAAUAGGGACGGCCUUUAAACUGGAUGAACAGAAAAUACUGCCUAAAGGAGAGGAAGCGGAGCUGGAGCGCCUGGAGAGGGAAUUUGCAAUUCAGUCCCAGAUCACCGAGGCUGCUCGGCGCCUGGCCAGUGACCCCAACGUCAGCAAAAAGCUGAAGAAACAAAGGAAAACCUCCUACCUUAAUGCCCUAAAGAAGCUGCAGGAGAUCGAAAACGCCAUCAAUGAGUACCGCAUCAAAUCUGGAAAGAAGCCAACUCAGAGAGCCUCCCUGAUCAUAGACGAAGGAAACAUCGCCAGUGAAGAUAGCUCCCUCUCAGAUGCCCUUGUUCUUGAGGAUGAGGAUUCUCAGGUUACCAGCACAAUAUCCCCCUUACAGUCACCUCACAAAGGACUCCCUCCCCGGCCGCCCCUACAUAACAGACCACCUCCUCCACAGUCAUUGGAAGGACUCAGACAAAUGCACUACCACCGGAAUGAUUAUGACAAGUCCCCUAUCAAGCCCAAGAUGUGGAGCGAAUCAUCCCUGGAUGAACCCUACGAGAAGGUCAAGAAACGCUCCUCACACAGUCAUUCCAGCAGUCAUAAGCGGUUCCCCAGCACAGGAAGCUGUGCAGAGGCUGGAGGGAGCAGCUCUCUGCAAAAUAGCCCCAUCAGGAGCCUCCCGCAUUGGAAUUCCCAGUCCAGCAUGCCAUCUACACCAGACCUACGGGUACGCAGUCCGCAUUAUGUCCAUUCCACUAGGUCAGUAGACAUCAGCCCGACCAGACUGCACAGCUUAGCUCAGCACUUUAGACACAGAAGCUCCAGCUUAGAGUCACAAGGCAAGCUCCUCGGGUCAGAGAACGAGACGGGGAGCCCCGAUUUCUACACCCCAAGGACUCGUAGCAGUAAUGGCUCUGACCCCAUGGACGACUGCUCUUCCUGCACCAGCCAUUCCAGCUCUGAGCACUACUACCCUGCUCAGAUGAACGCCAACUACUCCACCCUGGCCGAGGAUUCCCCCUCAAAAGCCAGAGAGCGGCAGAGGCAAAGGCACAAAUCUGCGGGAAACCUGGUCUCUUCUAAUUCAGGGAGCAUGCCCAACCUGGCGGCAAGGAACGGAACCGGGCACCCCGGGGUCUACCUGCACAGCCAGAGCCAGCCUUCCUCUCAGUACAGGAUCAAAGAGUACCCCCUGUACAUCGAAGGCAGCUCCACGCCCGUGGUGGUGCGCAGCCUGGAGAACGACCAGGAGGGACACUACAGCGUGAAAGCACAAUUUAAAACCUCCAACUCCUACACGGCAGGGGGGAUGUUUAAAGAGACCUGGCACGGGGACGAAGUGGACUCGAUAAGACUAACCCCCUCCCGUUCUCAGAUCAUAAGGACGCCAUCUCUGGGCAGAGAAGGCCACGAGAAGGGCUCGGGCAGGACUGCAGUAUCAGAUGAACUCCGUCUGUGGUACCAGCGGUCCACAGCCUCCCACAAGGAGCACAGCCGCCUGUCGCACACCAGCUCCACCUCCUCGGACAGCAGCUCCCAAUACAGCACAUCUUCUCAAAGCACCUUUGUGGCACACAGCAGGGUAACGAGGAUGCCUCAAAUGUGUAAAGCAACAUCAGCUGCCUUACCUCACAGCCAGAGGAGUUCAACACCAUCUAGUGAACUAGCAGCUACACCACCAAGCAGUCCCCACCACAUCGUAGCAUGGCAGACUGGGAGCUACAACGAUAGCUGUUUCCUGGAUUCUCCCCUCUAUCCAGAACUAGCAGAUGUCCAGUGGUAUGGACAGGAAAAAGCCAAGCCUGGGACUCUAGUGUGAACCCCUGACCUCAAUCUGAUCACAUCAAUGCCAUUCGGAGAUCACCUCACUGCCUCUCAUUUGCCUUACCCAGAUGCACUGUCGCCCGGCACCAGCUUCAACGCUAAGCACUUUUCUCGAAAUGCGAUUCAAGACGCCAUUACAGAUACUAGCCCCAGAAUGCAUCCGCAACCAGCAACGGAUAGCAGUGUUUCAAACCAGAUUGCCACAGACUGACAUACAACUCCUAUAGCCCAAAGGGCCCGGGGUGGGGACAACAUAUAUGAAUAACUAUGUUAGCAGCCAGAUGGCAGGGUUUUUUUCUUUGAAAGCCUUUCAAGGUAUAAAUACAAUCUUAUAGGUCUAUGGCAUGGGAAAAUAGUAAGAUUUCUACAACUUGCAGUCUGAAGCCAACAGAACAUUAGUUAAGGGGGCGAGAAACAGUGGUUGUGAAAUAUAUUCCUUACUCCUGAAGUAUUUAUUUGGAGUAAAGAAAAGCUCCUCUUGCUUCAGAGAUGUGUCAGAAUAUCGCAAUCAGUUCAGUGCUGCCAAGAUCACAGAAUUACUACGAGACGAGAGCAUGGGCAGCGUCUCUGUAGAUGUGCCCAUUUCCAGAGAUGACAGCCUACAGUUUGGAAACUGUUUUUACUUGCUUCCUCACUUUAAGCCCUUCCAAAAAAUAAAACAACAACCACCCAUUGGGAUGAAGACACACCAGAGCUCUGGGCUGGGAUCGUAAAAUCAAUCUCGAAAAGCUGCUGUUUAAACUGGACAGACACAAAGGUUUACAAGGGUAUUAUCUAAAAAAGAGGCAAGUACUGCUACUCUUAGCAUCUGUGGCCGGCACAGGCUAACCACCAAUACAUACAGUUUUUGUUUGGGGUUUUUUGUAACGCUUAUGAUAAAUUAAGGUGAAAAUUGCCAAAAGCCGUUCUAUGAAUAGAAAUAACCAAUAAAGGAUAUCCUAUUUAUGCACAAAGUGUUUAACAUGAAAUCAAAGGGAAGCACAUUACAAGCUAAUGGACGUGGUAAAGCCACAUUAGCAUAACGGUUCCGAUUAUUACGCUUUUGGUAAGUGCCAGUGUAGCAAAGGGCUCAUCACCAAAGUAUUGGUAUCCAAGGGACCCCACUAUGUUAUAAAGUGGAAGGGUUCAGUAGUGCUCUCUACUAACCAGCAGACUAGGCAAAUUUUCAGAUUGCAAGAAGGGACCAUAAUAAAAGCUAAUUAAUUAGUAACCUUGAUGCACUCGACACAGCCUCUCGUUGUCUACGGAUACCAAAAGGAAACCUAGGAGAGAGUCAUGACGGGAGCCGCAAGUUUACAUGUACUUUGGAGUUAUGCUUUACACAUGUCAAGCCAUCAAACGGCAAAAGGCCUCAAAGACACUUUUGUACUGAACUAGUGCACAAGCUAGGUGGGGGUUGAAGCUGGCACAUCUCGUCUUCGCUAUGGUGCUUCGCUGUUUUUAUUGCCACUAGAUGGGGUGGGGUUCUCGCCCCAUUUGUGCAUGCGGAUGACGAUUUCCUAUGGGAAAGGCAAUUAAAGAAAUGGCUGGCGGGGGUUACUUUGUGAAAAGCAGAAACUGAUGUUAGCUUUAGUUUAAAGAAAUCAAGCGUGCUUGCGUGCGUGCGUGUGUGUGUGUGUGUGUGUGUGUGUUCAAAGAAUAAUGCUAGUCUACCAGACGCGGAGGGCAGGAAAUUUAAAACUAAACUUGAGGGCUGCCACACCUUUUUCUUGUAAUAGUGUCACUGGGAAACUGUUUUACCAGAAGCUUUCAAGAGCACAGAUUGCCCAUAACGAGGCUUGGAAAGAUUAGGAGUAGGGGGAGUGGUUAAAAAUGAAUGUUAGCAGUUACUGUGAGUGCUUUUUCCUACAUCGUUUAUACAUGUAUUGACUUGUUUUAAUAUUCUGCACUUAUCUGCUACCAUGCAGUCUCCCUAUACUCCUGUGAGGCACUGUAGGAGCUGUGGCUGGGGGCAAGUGAGGCCCAGGGCGGUUAUCUGACUUGCCCGAGAGCAUGUAGGAAGAAAUAGAACUCAGAUCUAACUUCUGUGCCGUUUGCUAUAAAAAUUACCUCUCUAUAGAGCUGGCAAAUUUUUGCACUUGCAGGAAAUUUAAAUUUAAAACACUAAAGCCUCUGUUUGCCAGCAGCUGAGGAUGGGCGACGGGAUGGAUCACUUGAUGAUUACAUGGUCUGUUCAUUCCCUCUGAGGCACCUGACAUUGGCUACCGUCAGAAGACAGGAUACUGAGCUAGUUGGACCUUUGGUCUGACCCAGUAUGGCCGUUCUUAUGUACAUUCCAAACCUGAUGUCUAUGGAAGUCAAGAAUCAUUAGAUAUUUAGAAAUAAAAAACAUAGUUGACAAUAAUCAUCUAUCUUGCUAACCAAGCACUAGGCGGAUCUGACAACCAGGAGAGUGCACCUGUUCAUCUAAAAGUGCAAUAUACCACGUGUGUUUAAUUUUCCCUCGCUCUAAAUAUGAAUGACUAAUGAGGGAAUUGCUCUUAUUGCCCCACUUCUGUUUUUGGAUGGAGAGAAGACAUCAUUGAUUAAUAGCCAUUGCUGAUUAAACGCUAAUCCUUCCAAGUCUAACUACACCUCUACCUCGAUAUAACGCUGUCCUCGGGAGCCAAAAAAUCUUACCGCGUUAUAGGUGAAACCGCGUUAUAUUGAACUUGCUUUGAUCCACCAGAGUGCGCAGCCCUGCCCCCCCGGAGCGCUGCUUUACUGUGUUAUAUCUGAAUUCGUGUUAUAUCGGGUCGUGUUAUAUUGAGGUAGAGGUGUAUAAACAGAGGGCCCAGGUUAAUCACCAGGCAGGAAUUAGCCCAAGAAGUUCAGGGGCUUUGAGCAACUGUCUAUAUUUUCAUUUCCCUAGUAAAUAAUUUUUCUGUGUAGCCUUUUUUAUUUAAAAGGAUUCAAGCCCAGCAGCACAACAGGGACUCUGGACACUACUGUAAUACAAAUUGCUAAUCAAAAUUAAUUGCUCCAGAAUCAGAGCAGGCCUGCAGUUUUGCAGAGGGCAAGGGGGUGGCAGCCCUGAAGUUCAUGAUGGUGUAAGUCACAUUGCAAACAAUUUGGUCAGCCUGCCUUGCCAACAGGCUUGAGGCGAGAAAAAUCUUUUGAGAAAUGGAUUGGGUUUUGCGUUGUGGUCUGCUUUUCUGGUUUGCAAUCAAGGCACACGUGAGCCAGUCUGGUAGUAAAGACAUUAAGUAAAACAGGUUUUACUGUUUAGCUCAAUUCAAUUAUACACAAAUGUACAUACAAUGUUAAUCAAAUUAGAUUAACAUGGUUAAGUAUAACAUGGAGGGGUAAAACAGAACUGUUAUAUACGAGCACUUGACUACCAACUUACCAGCCUUUUUCUUUUUCUUUUUUAAUAAAGGCCCUUUUCGGAUAUAAAGCCACUGUUGCAUUCUUAGUCUCUAUGUAUGAAACUCCCUUGGUUUAGCCAGAAGCCUGGUGUAUGCAUACAUCAGGCCAUAUUGCGAGGCAGGGUUUAUUUUUAAAUGAUACUAUAUGCAGUCGAGUGUUGAAAAUGUUGAAAAGGUCAAAUUUGUUUUCCCUCUGUAUUAGUUUUAGUUUUGGACAUAGCAAACCCCAUUCAGGUGCUAUCAGAUGACCAGUUACUGCUUAGUUAACUAGAUGUAAAGUUUUACAUAUAUAUUAAUGUCAAUAGUUUUAUUACAAGUCGUGUAAAAUGGACUCUCUAGUUUAAAAAAGAAAAAAAUUAGGUCUCUCUGAAACUGACUUUAGAGCAUGUAAAAUGAUUUUACUGGAUUCUGUUCACCUGUAAUCAGGGGGAAAAUAUGUAUGUUGUAGAAAAAGUUGCAGAAUUUAAAAAAAAAAAUCUGCUUUUAAUUUAUUCUUUUUGUAUUAAGAAUUUGUAUAGUUACCUUUACAUUUUGCAAAACAGUGUUGUCAACACUUCCUUAUUAAAGCAUUUUCAAAAUGAAAUGUUGCAGCAGCUCUUUGAGAUAUUAAACAGGGUUGAACAACA